UUCAGGAGGACACAUUCAGCUCUCCCAGUGAACCCAGAGGAGGAGAGAAGCUGCCUAUGGACUGCCUCCUGCCUCCCCUUGCCUCCCAGCGAGCUCUGCCAUGCCAGAGGAGUGGAGAGCAGAGAGGCCACACUGAGCUGGGACAGCAGGACUGAGGCCAAGCAGUGUGUGGCUCCUGGGCUGUGGUGCCUAGUGGUCCUUGCCACCCCACACAGGACACCACCAGCUCCUGCCAGGCAGAUGCCUGCAGGGGAGAGGAGAGCUGCAGCUGAACUGAUGCAUCUGGGCACCUGAUAGCAGGCUCAGAGCUUCUGACAUGAGGAAAGACAUCGAGGCCUUAAUAGCCCAGGAGAAGGAGGAGAUCAUUGCCAAGUAUGAGAAGGGCAGGCAGGAGGGAGCUCAGAUUGACCCCUGGGAGGAUGCUGACUUCACACUGUACAAAGUCACAGACCGCUUCGGGUUCCUGCACGAGCAGGAGCUGCCCACCCGCACUGCCUUGGAGGAGAAGCAAAAGCAGCAGGAGAUCGAGCGUGUGGACAAGUGGCUGAAGAUGCUGAAGAAGUGGGGCAAGUACAGGAGCAGUGACAAGAUGUGCCGCCGAGUCUACAAGGGGAUCCCCCUGCAGGUGCGGGGCCAGGUCUGGGCACUGCUGCUGGACGUCGAGAAGAUGAAGAAGGACAACGAGGGCAAGUAUGAGCAAAUGAAAGAGCAGGCCAAGAGCUUCUCCUCGGAGAUCAAGCAGAUCGACCUGGACGUCAACCGCACCUUCCGCAACCACAUCAUGUUCCGGGAGCGCUACGGCGUCAAGCAGCAGGCCCUCUUCCACGUCCUGACAGCUUACUCCGUCUACAACACUGAGGUGAGCUACUGCCAAGGGAUGAGCCAGAUUGCAGCCAUCCUGCUGAUGUACCUGAACGAGGAGGAUGCCUUCUGGGCCCUGGCACAGCUGCUGACCAACCAGCGGCAUGCCAUGCAUGGUUUUUUCAUCCCUGGCUUCCCAAAGCUGCAGAGAUUCCAGGCCCACCACGAGCAGAUCCUGAGCAAGCUGUUCCCCAAGCUGAAGAAGCACCUGGACAAGGAGCAGAUGACUACAGGGAUUUACACCACCAAGUGGUUCCUGCAGUGUUUCAUCGACCGGACCCCCUUCACCCUCACCCUGCGCCUCUGGGACAUCUACAUCCUGGAAGGGGAGCGAGUGCUGACCGCCAUGGCCUACACCAUCCUCAAACUGCACAAGAAGCGCCUGCUGAGGAUGAGCCUGGAGGAGCUGCGGGAGUUCCUGCAGGAGCGGCUGGCAGGCUCCCUGCACUACGAGGACGACGCCGUCAUCGAGCAGCUGCAGCUCUCCAUGGCCGAGCUGCGCAAGAUGAAGUUCGACCUGCCCCCUCCAGCAAAGCCUGAGGAGUUCCCACGGAAGCCCCUGGGGCUGGAGCUCUCCCUCAACCCUGUUGCCAUGAAGGGCACCGUGGCAGCCAACGGGCAGAACGGCCGCCUGGGCGAGCAGCCCCUGGACCACAGAGGCCCUGGGGCACCAGGAGGAGUGCCAGCAGCUGGGGCAAGGACUCCCCCUCUCCAGGACAGGGAAACAGCUGAAGCUAUGGACACAGCCACCCCGCUGCAGUCUCCUGCCCGGGGGGCAUUGGGGCAGGAGAGGCAGCUGGAGCCCACUCCCGAGGGGCAGCUGGAGCCCAGCAAGGCACAGACCCAGCACCACCUCCUGCCCACAGCCCUGCCCCUGCAGCAGCCUCUGCUUCCUGCCAGCCAUGCCAGGGGGGACCAUGGGUCAGUGUCCCUCCCCACACCAGCUGACCUCUCGGACUCCUCUCUCCAGAACACCUCAAGCCCUCCCGACUGGAGCCCUGCAGAGCCUCCUGCUGUGGAGCUGGCUGGGUGCCAGCCAAACCCUGCUGCCCUGCCAGCCCCACAGCCAGCCCCUUCCCUCUGCCAGGGGCAAGGCCUCCAUGCACUCGAGGGGGGUCCUCAUCCUCUGCCAGGCUGCCAGCAGCACCUCUCUGUCCCCCAGCAGCAGGGCAGUGAGGAGGCACUGGCCCAGACACAGUGCCAGGCAGCGGUGCCUGACAGAAGGGACUGGCAGCACUUGGCAUCCAAAGCUGCAUCCAUGGGGGAGCUGAGUAGCCUGCAGCAGAGCCCCCUGCUGCCACAGGGCUUGGGGGGCAGUGUCCCCCUCCUGGCAAGCAGCCAGACAGGGGUGGCAGGGCCAGGUCAGGGUGACCCCGAGCGGCGGGCUCCAUCCCCUGGCAGGGAGGGGAGCAGCCCCUACGCCCUUAUCACCACCACCACCCCCCUCCACCUGGCACACGCCACGGAGCAGGACUUCUCCAACAGAAAGCAGGUGGCAUUGCCUCUGCCAGAAACAGCACAGCCUCUGCCUGCCACCUCCAUACCCCCAGCCCUGGCACUGGAUGCCCCUGAAAGCCUCCAGCAAGCCUUCCCUGCACUGAGAGCCCCCCGUCCCCCCCUGAGCCCCAAGCCCAAGCUGCCGCCGCAGGUUGCCAAGUCCCACUCGGAGAACAGCUUCCUGCCAGCCGCCCCUGCCCUGACCAAGCUGCCCAAGUCAGUCACCUUCUAGUGGGGGGGUGG